UUACUCAUGACGUAUGUACCCGGGUGAUCACAGCACCUUACGGUAAAGUGAUCUACGCGCAUUAUUCUCAACGUAAUUAUGGCUCUACGCGUAUGCAGCACUUUUCUGCGUUCUUCCUCGACCUACUGCAAGUUUCCAUCAGUUCUUAAUGGACUCACAUCAGUGCGGUUCAGAAGUUCCUGUCCAGUUCACAUCAGUCGUUUGGACCACCUUGUGCUCACGGUUCGGGACCUAAACAAAACUACUAACUUUUACACCACAGUUUUGGGGAUGGAGGUCGUCACUUUUAAGGGUGAUCGUAAAGCUUUGAGUUUUGGAGAGCAAAAGUUGAACCUGCAUCAGGUUGGGAAAGAGUUUGAACCUAAAGCCAAAAUCCCAACACCUGGAUCUGCUGAUCUGUGCCUCAUCACCAAAACCCCCUUGGCAACUGUUGCUACCCACCUCAAGGCAUGUGGAGUGACAAUAGAGGAGGGUCCAGUUAACAGAACCGGCGCAGUGGGUCCGAUCACCUCCCUGUAUUUUCGGGACCCUGAUGACAAUUUAAUCGAAGUCUCCAACUACAUACAAUAGACGGAAGGGGAAGCAGUUUCAUUACUUUAAGAUGAAUGCGACUCUGUACACAAAAAGUUAUUUUGAAUGUAAAAAGAUGCAGCACUUCCAACAAGCCGUAAAUAGCCCUUAACUGGUUGUAUCGGGUUUACUGAUGUUCCUUAUUCUCAUUAUUUCCUGGUGUGCCUCCCUCAAACAAUUUCAUUCCAAGCACACUUAGACCCAAGUCUAUACAUGAUAUAAAGUAAUCUUGCUGUGAUGUUAAAUUCAACUUAAAGCCAUUGAGGUCUGGAAAGUAGUUCUGUCCAUAUUUGCUUAAAAAGCACCUUAAUCCAAAGAAAAUGCCUUAUAUUGUAAUUCCAGUGAAAUAAUUGAGUAAACGAUUCAUACAAUUUUAGAACACUAUAUAAUGUCUGAAAAUUAUUUUGUUCGCUUUUUUAUUCAUCAAGUGACAUUGUGAACUUGUGAUUUAUUCAUAUGCUGUCUUUAAAUGUAUAUCUCAUCUAGUGGUUUUGAUAUUGAUGUAGAAAUGGGUAGAAUGUCAUUUUGAAUUUGUGUUAUAAUGGGCACACAGUAUUUAUGUUUCUCAGUAUCUUAAAAACUUCUUGAGCUAAAGGCUGAUGCUUAAAUGCUUGAAUCAGUUCAAAUUUUGAUUUCAAGAACUGAUUUGAACCUGUACCCUUAUUGCUCCCAAGUCCAAGCAGCUGACUAAACUGAAAGCAUCAAGUAGCAUCAAAAUGAAAGCAUUUUCAAAUGUGUGCUCAAUAUGUUCAAAUUGAAAGUGGUCACUGGAUUAUGCAGUCAUAGUCAUGGUAUCUGUUUUGUGUAUUUCUGGGACUGAGCAAUUGUGUAUUUUCAAGGAUCAACAAGAGGAUAGAUCCUGUUAAGUAUGUUCAGGAAACAUGACAGGCAAUACCACCAACCUGAUUGUCUGCCAUUGUGUGUCAUGUUAUUGCAUUCUGUUUCCUGGAGACACACCUUGUCUAGUAAUGCACUUAGAGCUGCAGUGUCAGCAAUGGCUAUCUAUCCAGGAGAAUACUAUGGUCUUAAAGCUAAAAAUGUAUUACACUGAUCAUAUAAAAAUUACCAGAGCAAGUUUACAUGCACAUUAGGCAAGCCGGUAAGAAUGCCAGUAAAACUGUUUAACUGCAACACAUAUUGAGGUAAUAGGCUAAAUUUUACCUGUGCUGAACGGUUUAUACUUAAUUUAUUUAUCUUAAUCUC